ACAAAAACAGUGAAUAAGGAGAGGAAGCGACAACGCUGAAUAGCUCCGUAGUGAAAGGUCAUUCAACGGUGGUCUACUGUUUGUUAUUAGACGGAUAACGAAGGACAAGCUACAUUGACAAAACAUGAAUGGACAGAAACAAGAUCGGCGGAUUAACCAGUUCGGUGAUUAUGAGGAUACAAGCAACAUGAAACCAGAAGACUGGGACUACAGAUGGGGAAAAUCCCAGACACAGUUUCACAUGCCUAAAACACAUCCAAUGCUCUCAAAACAUUAUGAUACGCUGACAGGAAAAAAGAACAAUGUACGAAUUUUUCUACCACUUUGUGGGAAAGCAGUUGAUCUAAAAUGGCUUGCUGACAAAGGACACGAAGUAGUCGGACUGGAAUGUGCAGAAAAGGGAUGCAAAGAAUUCUUUGAUGAACAAGACAUACCUUAUACUACAACUGAUCUCAAAGAGAUUGAAGGCAAAGUAUUUAAGGCCACCGAUAACAGAAAAAUAUCCAUUUACUGCUGCGAUUUCUUUAAAAUUUCAAGUAAAAUCCUGGGUCAGUUUGAUUGCAUUUGGGACAGGGGGAGUUUCGUGGCUAUUCCAGUCCCUCAAAGAAAACAGUAUAGCAAUAUUAUUACACCAAUGAUGCACCCUGAUACAGUUUACCUACUAGACUCCUUUCUGGUCGAUAAUACAGUAUUUGGAGGCCCACCAUUUGAUUGUAAUGAAGAUGACCUGAAAAAGGCCUUUGGGUCCCAAACAGAUAUCAAGAAAAUAGACGAAAGAGAUGCAUUCGGGAAAUGGCAGGAGAGUUGGGGAUUAAAAUCUUUCAUAGAGGAAUUGUAUUUAUUGAAGAUGAAGUGAACACAAUAAUUUUUUUUGCUUAUGUACAAUGAACAACAGGAAAACAAAACAGCAUUUCCACAAUUGAUACGCAAUGUAGACAUAUUGUAUGAACAAUUUUCAACGAACAAAUUCAUUUUAUUUAUGAUGUCAUUUGCAUUGCAUAUUUUUGUUUAUAAGCCUUUCUUUUCAAUUAUUUAAUGCCUAAUUGUUGUGGUUUUUAUUGUGAUCGAUUGUAUAUAGACUCCGUAAAUGUUAUUGUUGUUUCUUUGUUUUAACAAGCUUUUGAAAGACAUUUUAAAUGGAAGACAACUCUGUAAGGGUUCGUGAUCAAUUUA